AUGAAACCGAACUGUGGACCGUUGGCCAUUGCGGCUGCUGAGGCCCCGGGCAUCCGGGCUGAGCUUCGGCACGAGUCUGUGCCAAUGAGGUCGGGUCAACGGUACCAGAUCAGCUGGUCUGAGGAUGUGGAGCUACAUGGCUUGAGCUGUGCUGGAGCACAGAGCAGGGAAGGUCUUCGCUGGGACACACGGCGGUGA